GUCGGCCAGCCUGAGCCGCCCGGAAAGAGACCCAAACAUUGUUGACAACUGUAGCUGGUCAGCAAACUUCUCCAGCUCGCACCACGAUGGAGCCGUGUACGUCACUUCACCUGGGUUAAUAGCAUUGUCCAUUGGCAGUCACCAGUGUAAGCUAACUAAUGACCCGGGUUAGUUAGCAAGCAAGGUCACAGACUCGACUCCUGACGCUUCUGAGCCUCUGUAGCUUGACGUCGGUUAGCUAGCAGGGCUCGGCUACAGUUAGCAGCCGCAGCAGCAGCAGCAUGGGCGAUGGCAGCAUCACUCCCCGGUUCGGGAACAUGAAGGCGCUGCUCGGGAUCGUUGCAGGAGCCGGAGCUUCCUACGGGAUUUACAAGCUCAUCAGCGGAGGCAACAUCAAGAGGAACAAGAAGAGCAGCACCAGUGACACCCCUGCUGUCAGGAGCGGUCAGCCCGGGGAUGGUGCCCACCAGCCGGGCAGCUUGUUGGCUAAAGUGUCCGGACUGGAUGUGGUCUGUCCCCGACCUGCGCAUCCUGCAUCAGGUGUUAUCAUCCAUCAGUCCCCUGGAAACCUGGAGCCCCAGCACCUGCACAUGCUGCUGUCAUGUCUGCAGAGCACCAACAGUCCCUCUGACAGAUGUCGGAUUCUGCUCACGUUAGGAAAUGCUGCUGCUUUCACUUUGAAUCAGAACCAAAUACGGGAAUUUGAAGGGAUUCCUAUCAUCGCCAGCUUCCUCUCAGAUCCGGCUCCAGAGGUUCGAGUGCAGAGUCUGACUGCUUUAAAUAAUCUCUGUAUGAACAUCCAGAACCAGGAGCAAAUCAAGGUUUAUGUGCCACAAGUGCUGGAGCUGAUUGAGAUGUCCCCGGUGAACUCUGACCUUCAGCUUGGCGCUCUCAGGCUGCUGACAAACCUGUCAGUCACAGACAAACACCAACACUUGCUAAAAGACUCGAUUACACUGUUACUUUCUCUUCUUGUUGUGAGCAAUGAAGCAUUACAGGUUCAGGCUUCUAAAGUCCUUGUGAAUGUGUCCUCUAAUCCAGAUAUGAUGGAUGACAUUGUUCAAGCUCAGGCUCCAGCGUCUGUUAUGCUCCUGUUUGACGCACGAACCGCCCCUGCAGUGCUCCUGCGCCUGCUGACAUUUGCGGGGAACUUAAAGUCCUGGAGGCCCUCGGCCCAGGUAGCAGAUGAGCUGAGGCGGAAGCAGGACUGCCUGUUCCGAGUCAUGUUGGAUGAAUCCUCCCAGCUCCACAGCAGGCUGGUCCAGCUGCUCUCACACCCCGAUGGGGAGAUCCAGGCCCACGUGGCUCGUAUCCUGACGUAGACUUCUCUGUCUGCGCUCCUCAUCCGUGCACUGCUUUUGCUUCCAAACACUUUGCCAAAGCCAUCAACCUAUCACCCUUAAAGUUGAAUUAUAAAUUGGUUGACUUUAAGGGCCGGCUGUGUAGCUUCCUGCCGAUACUCAGCUUCCACUCCCACACACAUUACCUACAAUCCCCAGAUCAAUAUUAUUACCACACAAAACUAAAUUAUCUGUUCAACAUCACAUGCCCCCUGUUUUCCUUCAGAGCUACAGAGUGCCCUUCCUUCUUAACACCACUGAGGGUAAAUUUCUGAACCCAAAACUACUGCCAAAAGUUUUCUAGAGAAUGUGUCUGUAUGACCUGUGCAGCAUGACCCAAUACACCACCCCCUGUGGUUGAGAGAGACACUCGUUUCUUGUUGCACUCCUCAGCAUGCCUUGGAAACACCAAUGAAUGGGUGUAUUACAGCUCCAGUCCUUGUUAAUCUAUCGACUUGUUGGAUUUCAAUGCUAUGCUCUUAUUUCAAACGAAAGUAAGAUCAUUUGUCUGUUGAUAUCAUUUGAAAAGCCAAAAGGAGCUUAGAUCCCGAAAGUGGAGGUGGUCUCACAUUCUCUGAGUCUAUGACCAGAAGAAGGGUUCAGUGUAUGAGGAAGGUUUGGAAGGUGAAUCACUGCCUUCCCUGCGUUAGGAAAAGCUACCUGACGUGUUUAUGGAGCUUGGUUAGAAGACCACCUGGGUAAACCUUGUACACCAACCACAUCUGCCUGUUCUGGGUCACGACCGGUGUUAUUGAAUGUCUCAACUGGCCGACAACCACCUGCGAAUCCUCCAGGGAGGAGCUGGAGGAAGUUCCCAGGGAAAAAGGAUGUCUGGGCCGCGACCAUUGUUUUACAGUUACCGCGAAUACAAAUGGAGGAGAGGUCCUCCUUGGAUAAAAAGCAAUAGUGGUAAUAGCUGUGAUUUCUGUUUGUGAAAAACGUUAUGCAUAAAAUAACUAGCUCGUUGGAUGACAGCAAUGAUUGAAUUAUAAAUAAAAGCUAUGUUGUGCUCUUGCUGCAAUAAGACAGGUUUCAAGUGAUAGAUCCACAUUUCUGGCUGCAGGACUGAAGCUGUGGACACAUCUGCUCACUUGUAUGUACACAAAGGAGGAAGGGUAAUGGUUUAUACCUCUGACUUGCAUGAAAAGUGAUGAUUAUCUCGGAAUAUGAUUUUUUUUCAAUGCAAGGAUUUUAUGGCAUGAAUCGAUCCAGGUGUAUAGAAAUGCUGCACAUUAUUGAUGUUUGGACACUGACUUUAAUUUAACACAAAUCUGAAAUAUCUCUCAGGCAUAUACUUCUACUAGAAAAGAUAUAGCAGGAAGAGGGUGGUUUCCUUUUGACCUAGAUUAUCAUAUUUAUUUAAUGAAGUUAAGACUGAAUUUUACAGAUGAAAUGAGACGUGAAUGUGUUUGAAUGGUUGAAUAAAAACCUUAUGACCUA